GAUAAAACCCCAAGCAAGCAAGCUAUCCUACUGCCACCACACCACACCCAUGACUUACAACCUCCUCCUCCUCGUGAAUACCCAGUUCCCCCUUUCACGAUAACCUUCUGAUAAUCAAUUAUGUUGACUACCGGAGGAGGUGGGGGCACCUUUUACUGGUUCAGAAACGAUCAAGAUAUCAAAAUUCAAGGAAUUGUUGUGCUGUUUGCUUGGGGUUCGGUUCGUGAGCUUCAGCUGAAGAGUUAUAUCGAUCUUUAUUCGUCUUGUGGCUGGAAUUCUCUUGUUGUUCUUGCCCAUUUUUUCAAUCCAGUUUUUCCUGAGAGAGCCACAUCACUUGCAUUCUCCGUCCUCAAUGAGCUUUUAGAGGAAUUGAGGGCUAGACCAUGCCCUGUAGUCCUUGCAUCUUUUUCCGGUGGUUCUCAAGCUUGUAUGUACAAGGUUUUACAGAUUAUCGAAGGUACAUGUGAAGCGCAUCUUAAUCUGGAUGAUAGUCGUUUAAUCAUGACCUGCAUCUCUGGUCAAAUGUAUGACUCUGGUCCAGUUAGUGUAACCGGUGAUUUAGGUGCCCGGUUUGCCCUAAGUUCCUCCGUUCUCAACGUGCCCGGGUCAUCAAAAUUGGUAUCAAUGGUUGCAAAAGGUGUCACAUCGGGUCUAGAUGCCAUGUUUCUUACUAGAUUUGGGUCCCAUCGCUCAGAAUAUUGGCAAACACUUUAUUCUUCAGUUGGUUUAGGGGCCCCGUUUCUCAUAUUGUGUUCGGAAAAUGACGAGCUUGCCCCUUAUCCAGUUAUUUGCUCAUUUGCUCAACAAGUACAAGGAUUAGGAGGGCAUGUUCGACUUAUUGGAUGGAAGGAUUCUCCUCAUGUUGGUCACUACAAGCACAAUCCCACCCAAUACAGAGCCGCUGUAACCGAAUUUCUUGAUCACUCAAUGUCAAUAUUUAACCAAAAGCUUCAAAAAGUCGGAGAAAGAACCGGCAUGGAGGGAAUGCACGAUAAAAUAUGUGAAUUAAUAUGUGACCUCCAAAAGGCAGCAGUCGAUUCAAACCAAAGUCUUAGAAGAGUAGCAACCGGGCCAAAUGACCACUUUUUCUUACCAAGUUCAGCCGAGUGUCAAACUACCAAGGAAUCGGGAUCGUUACAUGAUGAAGAAAAUGAACGAAAAUCAACGGUCCAUUUAGGAAGCCCACCGGGCCUGGGCCCACAUAGUGUUCUUGGUCAAGUGUUGUUUGAUGUGUGUGUGCCUAAAAAUAUUGAAGGUUGGGAUAUUAAGUUUGAAAACAGAAAGCCGUUUGAAACCGCGAGUAAACGGUCGUCACCUUUAAAACGCAUGAGACGAUCAAGAUUAUGAGACAAUGAAUCUGAAGGCGGUUUGUAACUUUGUGUGAUCAAGUAUAUAUGAAAUUUGGAAGAAGGGGGGGGGGGUUGUCUUGUAACGUAAACCGUACAAGUUUGUGAUUUUGCUCGAAAUGUAUAGCUAUGACCAGACUGCGCGUAUGGUGUUUUGUAAUAGAUAGCAUGUUGAGCGUAUAGAAUAAUUUAGAGAAAACUAAAGUACGUCUCUAUCUUUAAAGGCUUAUAUAGUACAUCUUUGUA